UUAUAAAUUAUUAUAUAAUCGUACGUUUUCCAGACUCUUUUAAUUAAUUCAAAAAUUUACAUAAAAAUAUUACUAGAAGGAAGCGCAUUCGAUCGCAGAAAGAUUGCAACGCUUUCUCUUUCGUUGGAUUUUAAAAUGCAUAAAAAUGACAAGGGUAACCUCGCGAUCUUUCCGCGUUCCGGUACUCGCUGAUUCUCAAUUGUGACUUGGCGACUUCUCACCAGUUUCUAGGGAAAUUCUUACGGUCCACUCCGGCUCCGGUAGAGAUAGAUUUACAUACGUCAUUUUUGGCGGCAAUUGGCGCCAUUAGCCGCCUAACCUGGCGAAGAUGAUCGUGCCGAUCAAAAGAGACGGAUACGUAGAUACUUGGGCCAUCGUAGAUCUUCAGGGCGAUCUAAAAUUCGAAAGGAUCGAUAAUCCAGACGAUCAGUUAAUCGGCGAUCUUCACUUCACAAAAGCUGGAGUACCUAUUUUAAUUAUCGGAAUUCACGUGUUGCACGGGAAGGAAAUAACGCUCGACAAGCCGCUGAUUGUAUUGGAGAGGCAUCGUAAUACGAGAGAUGAGGCGAUCGAGGGGGAGGCUGCGGCGAAGACAGAAUACUUUGUAAAGGCUAUCGUGAAGAAGAAACUCCUGUUUAAGUCACGGCCGAAGCCUAUAGUCACCAAUGUGCCGAAACCAUGUUAACGUACCAGGCUUAUUCACUCGUCACUUCAGUCCUUCAUCUCGCCUUCUUCAUCUGACUCCUCCACCCCUCUUAUGUACAUAACAUUGUUACACCUGAUGAGCAC